AGCGUGCGUCAGUGUAAUAAUCACUUCACAGUAAAGCCCCGCACGGAGCCCACGGAGGACCGAGAGAGCGAUUCACAGAGCAUAAAGAAACCGCAUACACCGCAAAAUAUGCUCUGAUUCGUUUCUAAAAGAAAAUGGGGGAAAUAGACAAAGAAAUAUCAAAAUGUUUGAAGAAAGGCUGCUGACAACUGCGGAGAUAAUCCAACAGCGGUUGAGGUCCUGACCAUGCACAUUCCUCCACAUUUCACAUAAAUCAGCUGUCCAGAUUUUCCACACUGUCCGGUGGUUCCAGUCUUUUUAACCAGGUGAACCGUGCAGUCCAGAAGCCGGGCAAGCCGAGCCGCCAACACGAGGGAGAGACGCAACCGGGGUCCUCUGUGCGGUUUGGUCGUUCACACGAUGCGUCUGUUUCUGCUGGCGGUGUUCCUCUCGUGCUCCUGUGCGCGGGGCGGCUGCGAGCCGAAGAUAGUGAACAUUGGAGCGGUCCUGAGCCAGAAGAGGUACGAGCAAGUGUUUAAGGAUGCCGUGACCCAGGCGAAUCAGAUCUACGGGAGAGAUAAAUUCAAGUUGACCGCCAUCUCUGUAACGCACAAACCCAACGCUAUCCAGAUGGCUCUCUCCGUCUGCGAGGACCUCAUCUCUAACCAGGUGUAUGCCAUCCUGGUGAGUCAUCCUCCCCAGUCCAAUGACCACCUCACCCCCACGCCUGUGUCCUACACCGCAGGCUUCUACCGCAUCCCUGUGGUGGGCCUCACCACACGCAUGUCCAUCUACUCCGACAAGAGUAUCCACUUGUCCUUUCUGCGGACUGUCCCCCCGUACUCCCACCAAGCUCACGUGUGGUUCGACAUGAUGCGAGAGUUUCGAUGGAAUCACAUUAUUCUGAUUGUCAGCGAUGACCACGAGGGGCGGGCCGCGCAGAAGAGACUGGAGACCCUACUGGAGGAGAGGGAAACAAAGAAUAAAAAAAGGAACUAUGAAAACCUCGACCAACUGUCCUAUGACAACAAGCGAGGACCUAAGGCAGAGAAAGUCCUCCAGUUCAGCCAGGAGACUAACUUAACUGCUCUGCUUCUGGAGGCCAAAGAGCUGGAGGCUCGCGUCAUCAUCCUCUCCGCCAGUGAAGAGGACGCUGCUGCAGUUUACAAGGCUGCCCGUUUCCUCAACAUGACGGGCUCGGGUUACGUGUGGCUGGUGGGAGAGCGGGAGAUGUCGGGUAAAGCCCUGAGCGAGGCGCCAGAUGGUCUCAUCGGCCUCCAGCUCAUCAACGGCAAGAACGAGUCGGCCCACAUCAACGACGCAGUGGCCGUGGUGGCCCAGUCCAUCCAGGAACUCUUUGAAAAGGAGAACAUCACGGAGCCGCCCAGAGGCUGUGUGGGAAACACCAACAUCUGGAAGACCGGGCCCCUCUUCAAAAGGGUUCUGAUGUCAUCAAAGUACCCAGAGGGCCUCACUGGACGUGUGGAGUUCAAUGACGAUGGCGACAGGAAGUACGCUCACUACAGCAUUCUCAACUACCAGAAGAGUCGACUCAUUCAAGUUGGGAUUUAUAAUGGAACACAGGUGGUGAUGAAUAAUCAGAGGAAGAUCAUCUGGCCAGGAGGAGAGACAGAGAAACCGCGGGGCUUUCAGAUGUCCACAAGACUAAAGAUAGUGACUAUACACCAGGAGCCCUUUGUGUAUGUGAAGCCCACUGAGCAGGAUGGAACCUGCAAGGAGGAAAAAACAUUAAAUGGAGUGGCAGAUAUUAAAAAGGUGAUCUGCACAGGACCAAAUGAGACCAUCCCAGGACGUCCAAUUGUACCUCAAUGUUGUUAUGGAUUCUGUAUCGAUCUACUUAUCAAGUUGGCCGGAACCAUGAACUUUACCUAUGAGGUGCACCUGGUGGCUGAUGGGAAAUUUGGAACACAGGAGCGGGUGAACAACAGCAACAAGAAAGAGUGGAAUGGCAUGAUGGGAGAACUCCUGGGGGGUCUGGCAGAUAUGAUCGUUGCCCCGCUGACUAUAAACAAUGAACGAGCUCAGUACAUCGAAUUCUCCAAACCUUUUAAGUACCAAGGCCUAACCAUCCUUGUUAAAAAGGAAAUCCCUCGCAGUACACUGGACUCGUUCAUGCAACCGUUUCAGAGCACACUGUGGCUGUUGGUGGGUCUUUCGGUGCAUGUGGUGGCGGUGAUGCUUUACCUACUAGACCGGUUCAGCCCAUUUGGGAGGUUUAAAGUAAACAGUGAAGAAGAAGAAGAAGAUGCCCUCACCUUGUCGUCGGCCAUGUGGUUCUCCUGGGGAGUUUUGCUUAACUCCGGUAUUGGGGAAGGCGCGCCGCGCAGCUUCUCAGCGAGAAUCUUGGGCAUGGUGUGGGCCGGCUUUGCCAUGAUCAUAGUGGCAUCGUAUACUGCCAACCUGGCUGCCUUCCUGGUGCUGGACCGGCCUGAGGAGCGCAUCACCGGCAUCAACGACCCGAGGCUGAGGAACCCAUCAGACAAGUUCAUCUACGCCACAGUGAAGCAGAGCUCUGUGGACAUCUAUUUCCGGCGGCAGGUGGAGCUUAGCACCAUGUACCGCCACAUGGAGAAGCACAACUACGAGAGUGCUGCUGAGGCUAUCCAGGCCGUGCGCGACAACAAGCUGCAUGCUUUCAUCUGGGACUCUGCGGUGCUGGAGUUUGAAGCCUCGCAGAAGUGCGACCUGGUGACCACGGGAGAGCUGUUUUUCCGUUCGGGCUUUGGCAUAGGCAUGCGCAAGGACAGCCCCUGGAAACAGAAUGUGUCCCUGGCCAUUCUCAGUUCCCAUGAGAAUGGCUUCAUGGAAGAUCUAGAUAAAACCUGGGUGAGAUACCAGGAGUGUGACUCACGGAGCAAUGCCCCAGCCACACUCACCUUUGAGAACAUGGCAGGAGUGUUCAUGCUGGUGGCUGGAGGCAUAGCAGCAGGGAUCUUCCUCAUCUUUAUUGAGAUCGCCUACAAGCGGCACAAAGACGCCCGCAGGAAGCAGAUGCAGCUGGCCUUUGCGGCCGUCAACGUCUGGAGGAAGAACCUGCAGGACAGUAAGGAGGCCUCUGGGAGACAAGCUGUGGGCGCAUCGAUGACUCCAUCGUUACCCUCUUCCUCUCUAGAGACUCAGGAUGAUAGGAAAAGUGGUAGAGCAGAGCCCCCCGACCCCAAAAAGAAAGCCUCUUUUAGGUCCAUCAGUACCUCCCUGGCCUCCAGCAUCAAGAGACGUAGGUCCUCCAAAGACACGCAGUACCCACCCACCGACAUCACGGGCCAGCUCAACUUGUCCGACCCAUCUGUCAGCACGGUGGUGUGAGAGGGACAGAAGGAGAGAGAGAUUCUCUCCUCGGAGAGAGAGAGAGAGAGGGUGGGUGGACGGAGAGAGCCUUCCCCCAGAUCGCUGCAUUGUUGGAUCCAUCACUGCUGAAGCUUUUUGUCCCAUUGGCUUUACAGUAGAGCAAUGGAGUUACACCUACGUCUGAGAAAGGACUCCCCUGAUCAUCUUCUCUGAUCAUGGCACCUGUUACAGCUGUCUGGCAUUAGUUAGCUCUAGGGUUCUGAGCUUACUGACACAUACUGUGUUUUUCUCUAUUUUCUCUAGUCAUGCUCAAUCUAUGCUUAAAACAGUCCUAUCUUUGUCUAAUUUACUUACUGCAGACAUAGUGAUGUUGGAUACUACUACUAUUUAAAAUAUCUACAUGAUAUAUUUUACUGUUUUAAAAAUCAUGUUUAGUUAGAUGACUUAAGUAUACAAACAAGUGAAGUUCUGUACAUAUCAUUUAACUUACAAGGAGGGACUAUAACACACAUUAUUUCACAGUAUUUAGCAGCAGGGGUGGCAGGUAGCCUAGCGGUUAAGCGUUAGUUAGGCCAGUAACCGAAAGGUCGCUGGUUUGAAUCUUCGA